AUCCCCUCCCUCCCAGGCGCCAGAAGGGGCUCGCAUUUUGCUUCUCCUCCCACGAGACUCCCACUCCCACCCCCCGCAGGUCAUUUGCCACCGGCUUCGGGUCCCGCCCCUGGGCUAGCCCUUUGCUGGCCCUACGGACGCGAAGGAAAGCGCCUUGAGGACACGGAGUUGGUCUGCUCGAAUUGGGAGGGGUGGCUUAAGAAGAAGAAGAAGAAGAAGAGGAGGAGCAACUGUGUUGCCCCCUGCCUUGGAGCCCUUCCUCGGGCCGGAGACGGAGGAGUCGGGGCGGCAGGCAUGGGAGCAGCGGGGCGGCCCGGCUCUUGGCCCCUGGCCCUGCUCCUGGCCGCCGCUUCCCUGCUGGCCCUCCACGGGCAGGACAUGGACCCCUUCCCCGUGGCCUUCGCCGCCAAGAACUGUGUAUGCAAAGGCAAAAACCACUGCUAUUGCGAUGGGACAAAAGGCAGUAAGGGUGAAAAAGGCUUUCCUGGUUAUCCAGGUCAAUCUGGUCAGAUGGGAUUUCCCGGUCCAGAAGGUCCUCCUGGGUUGCAAGGACCCAAGGGAUUUCCAGGGCCAGUAGGCAUUCCUGGGCCUAAAGGUUCAAGGGGUAUACCAGGAAUCCCUGGUUAUUCAGGGCCCCCAGGCCUACCAGGUAAGCCUGGAAAUGCUGGCCCUCCAGGACGUUUAGGUAUACCAGGGUGCAAUGGGACAAAGGGUGAGCGAGGAUUCCCAGGAUUCCCAGGGCAAGAGGGUUUACCAGGAUUACCAGGUCCUAAAGGCACCAAGGGAUUAAAAGGAUGCUCUGCAACUGCAUAUGACCGUGGUUAUAGUUCCCAAGGUGAACCUGGAAUGCCAGGAAGACCUGGAUUUCCAGGAGAACCAGGACCUCGAGGGGUACCAGGAGAGCUUGGUCUAGAAGGCCCUCCAGGAUUUCCAGGCUCACCAGGAAUCCCAGGAGUCCCAGGGCCCAAGGGUCUCAUGGGUACUAAAGUCAUUGGUGCGAAAGGAAUUAAGGGUGACCUUGGACUAAUGGGCCCUCCUGGACCAACAGGAACUGUUAUUGUGACACUAACCCGAGCAGAUAAUACAACGGAAUUAAAAGGUGACAAAGGGGACAUGGGUUCUCCAGGACCCCCUGGACCUCAAGGAGCAUCAGGCUUGCCUGGUGAUUUUCGAAGUAUAAGAGGGGAAACUGGGGAACCUGGACCUCAGGGUAGGCCUGGAAGAGAUGGCCCUUCUGGUCCUCCCGGUUUACAGGGAGAAAAAGGAGAGCAGGGUUUCCCAGGAUUGCCUGGGAAAGAUGGUCUCAAGGGAAGAAAAGGUGAUCCUGGUCGGCAAGGAAAUCAGGGUCUAAUAGAGUAUUACGAUGAAAUGCCUGGUGAAAAAGGAAAUAAGGGCUACAUAGGACUGCCAGGACUUAAAGGCGAACCUGGAGCACCAGGACCACGGGGUCCCGAUGGUGCCAUUGGUAGGCCAGGUAUUUCAAGACCUGGGCCAAGAGGUUUACCAGGCUCGCCAGGUGUCAGAGGAAAAAAGGGAGACAGAGGACAACCUGGCAUGAAUGCUAUUGGACCACCUGGACCUCCUGGAAUGCCAGGACUGCCUGGCCCAGCAGGAUCUCCAGGUCUUUCGGGACAACCUGGUAUAAUAACUUUUGAAAGAGGCCCAGAAGGAACUGCAGGAAUCCAGGGGUGCGUGGGGCCUCCUGGCCUAUCAGGAGAUAAUGGAGAAAAGGGUGAACAAGCAGGUCCAUGUAACCAAUGUACCUAUACUACGGGACCACCUGGCCUUCCUGGUACUCCUGGGGCAGAAGGUCUGCAAGGAGUUAAAGGUGUAGUAGGAAUGAUUGGACCUAAAGGAUCCCAAGGAUCACCUGGGCAGCCGGGGCCUCCUGGAAUUCAAGGACUUCCAGGUAUUCAAGGAAACCAAGGUCGUAAGGGGUCAAAAGGUGUUCCAGCCUAUGUGGAUCCAGAAGGUCCAAGAGGAGACAGAGGAGAAGCAGGUCUCAGAGGAACUUCUGGAGAAAGGGGAAUGGAUGGCUUACCAGGAGAACCUGGAUUGAAAGGCACAAGAGGUUCUGUAGGAGCACAGGGAUCUGAUGGUCCAAAAGGAGACAGAGGUCCACAAGGAUCAUCUGGUAGCCCAGGUCUUCCUGGAGAAGUAGGGCUAUCUGGGCCACCAGGAUACGGACCACAAGGAUUGAAAGGCUCUCAAGGCACUCAAGGAGAUCCUGGGCCGUCUGGGUUGCCUGGAACAAGUGGUCCUAAAGGCGAUCCUGGCAUGGUGAUUGCAAUUCCUGGAGCACCUGGGCUUCAAGGUCCAGCUGGCAGACCUGGUCUACAAGGUGUAAGAGGUAGUGUUGGAUCCAGAGGACAGCGUGGUGAUCCAGGCCUCCCAGGACCAGACGGUGACCCAGGCUUAGUACAGAUUGGAUUUCCUGGCUAUCCUGGUUUGAAAGGAGAUAAAGGUCUUCAAGGGUCUACAGGACCACCAGGAUGUCCAGGAACAUUAGGAGAACCAGGCUUGCCUGGAAGACCUGGAAUUUCAGGAGAAAAGGGUGAACCAGGCCCAUUUAUUCCUGGAGCUCAGGGAAGAUUGGGUUCACCAGGUGAAGAGGGAAUGCCAGGUGAGAAAGGUGAAAGAGGAUUCCCAGGUCUCCAAGGACCUCCAGGUCAACAAGGUCAAGAUGGUGCUGAUGGUCCAAGAGGAGAGCCUGGAUCCCCUGGAGUUCCAGGAGAAAAAGGUGUUCCAGGAAAAAUGGGAGACUGUCUUGUUGGCUUACCAGGACCACCAGGUCCAUGUGGAGUAGUAGGUCCACCAGGAGGCCGAGGAGCAAUAGGAGCCAAAGGAGACCCAGGAAUCCCAGGAUUAGACAUCCCAGGGUUUCCAGGACAAUUUGGGCUGCCUGGAAUCCCUGGCCCACAAGGAAAUGAUGGGCCACCUGGCAAUAAGGGGCAGCCUGGCAGACCAGGAGUGCCAGGUAUACCAGGUCCAAGAGGAGAAAUGGGCCUCAUGGGUCCUGUAGGUAAUCCUGGAUUAUCUGGUGUCCCUGGAAAUCCAGGUAUCCCUGGAAUAAGGGGUUCUCCUGGCUUUUCAGGACUAAAAGGAAGAAAGGGCUCUUCAGGGGAGAAAGGUGAGCCAGGGGAUAAAGGCUUCCCUGGAAUAUCAGAGUCCAUUAUGCAUUCCGGAGAUAAAGGAGACAGGGGAGCUAAAGGAUUUCCAGGAAGAAUGGGACUCAAAGGAGAAAAAGGGGAGCAAGGUGCACAAGGAUGUGCAGGUCUUAAUGGCAUACCAGGAACACCAGCCCCAACAGGUCCCAAAGGGGGGAAGGGACUUCCAGGAGUCCUUGGCAGACCAGGGUUACCAGGACCCCCAGGAGACAGAGGAGACAUGGGAGUGCCAGGUAUAAGAGGUGAGCGAGGUUCUCCAGGUUUGCCUGGAUCAUCAGGUCUACCAGGGUCACCUGGCACACCUGGAAUGCCAGGAGAUAAAGGAGAAGCAGCCUGUCCUGGAACUGGGCCCCCAGGAAACCCAGGACCUAAGGGCGAUGCUGGUCUACCAGGAGAAAGAGGACAGAAAGGAGAAAAAGGAUCACCAGGUCAGCCAGGACUGAUAGGAGAGCCUGGACGACAGGGAAAUAGAGGGGAUGCUGGUUCACCAGGAAUUCCAGGGUUUCCAGGACCUGCAGGCGAUAAUGGCCGUAAAGGUAGCAAAGGAUUGCCAGGACAAAAUGGCAUCAAAGGCUAUCCAGGACCAAGUGGUUUAUCUGGUGAUGAUGGACCAGUUGGUGAAAAGGGUAACCAAGGACGUGAUGGUAUUCCUGGACACCCUGGAGAAAAGGGAGAACAAGGUUCCCCGGGUCAAAUAAUCCCUGGUCCUCCAGGCAUUCCUGGUAUGAAAGGCAUCAAAGGCAGCAUGGGGAUGGCUGGUGUUCCAGGACGUCCAGGUGCUAAAGGUCUCAGAGGGGACCCAGGACCUAGAGGACCUCCUGGUAUACCUGGGCAGACAGGGCCUUCUGGGAAACCAGGCAUGGCAGUUGCUGGCCCAAAAGGAAACCGUGGCCUCCCGGGUCUGGAUGGAAAGCCAGGUGUUCCAGGUAUCCCAGGACCCACUGGAUUCCCCACCUAUAGUAUUAAAGGAAGCAAAGGUGUUCGAGGAACAGAUGGCUUACCUGGUCCACCAGGACCUAGGGGUGAUGCUGGUCUACCUGGUCCACCAGGAACUGAAGGUGUUCCUGGUUAUCCAGGUCAGAGAGGUGAUUCUGGUUUCCCAGGAUUUCCAGGCAUAAAAGGAGAGAAGGGUAAUCGUGGGCCACCAGGACCAACGGGUGUGGCAGGGCAUGGAGGUCCAAAGGGACUACCUGGUCAGCCUGGACCAGCUGGGAAAGCGGUUUCUUUUCCAGGAGAUCCAGGACCAGCUGGGCCACCAGGAAUCCCAGGAAGUGUAGGAGACCCAGGGCCUAGAGGACCACUUGGGCUGCCAGGGCCUCCAGGUAUAAAGGGCCAACCAGGUCGUCCUGGGAUUCCAGGUGUGGGUGGGCCACCUGGACUAAAAGGAGACAAGGGAUUUCAAGGCCAAAAAGGUUUGCCAGGAUUGCUUGGGUUUCCUGGAAUACAAGGGCUCCCUGGAUUCCCAGGGACUUCCUUACCAGGUCCACCAAAAAGGGGCUUCAUGUUUUCUCGACAUAGUCAGACAACAAAGAUCCCUUCAUGUCCAUCUGGAACAGUUCAGAUCUACAGUGGAUACUCUCUUCUUUUUGUACAAGGGAAUGAACAAUCACAUGGACAAGACCUCGGUACAGUUGGUAGCUGUCUUCAAAGAUUUACCACCAUGCCUUUUUUAGUAUGUAAUCCCAAUAACAUUUGUAGAUUUGCUUCUCGCAAUGACUAUUCAUACUGGCUGUCAACAGCAGAGCCAAUGCCUUCAGAUAUGAAGCCUAUUUCUGGAAAAGCCUUGGAACCCUAUAUUAGCAGGUGUAUUGUCUGUGAAGGCCCUGCAAUGGUCAUAGCAGUCCACAGUCAGACAACUUCAGUUCCACCGUGUCCUCAGGAAUGGCAGUCUCUAUGGAGAGGAUUUUCUUUUGUUAUGUACACAGGUGCAGGCUCAGAAGCUUCCGGACAAGCUCUGGCAUCUCCGGGGUCAUGCUUAGAGAACUUUUAUGCCAUUCCAUUUAUUGAAUGUCAUGGACGAGGGACAUGCAGUUAUUACUCAAACUCCUACAGCUUCUGGCUGGCCUCGCUGAACACAAGAAGAAUGUUCAGGAAACCAUUGCCGCAGACUCUGAAAGCUGGAGAACUGGAAAAAAUAAUCAGCCGCUGUCAAGUUUGCAUGAGGAAAUCCAAUUAAAGAAAUCCAUCAUGAGAGAACUAAACUCAUUUUGUGGCACAACAGAGAACUAAACUAAACCAAAAAGAUUUUAUGAACUUGUAGUAAUGUGACUAAAACUAAACCUUAUUAGUACCAUGAACUUGAAAAUACCAAUGCUGUACUAUAAUGAAAUAGUGCAAUAUUUUGACUUUUUUUUGUUUCUGGUAAAAUGCAAAGCACUUUCUUGAAAUAAGUUGUUUGUAUUUGCUGUAUUAUAUGGUUGUCACAUUUUGAACUCUGCCAAUUCUGGGUCCACGGAAAUUCUGUAUUACGAUGUCACCAGUUUUUUACGUGCAAGGACUAAAGCCUCAUCUGCAAGCUUGCAAAAAUGGAGUAAACAGGGUAGUGUUUGUUUAUGUAAGUGUCGUCAAAGUGGGUAUUAUUUAAGGUGAAGCAUUGCCACUUACAAUGAACCAAGCUUAGCAAAAGGUUUUGUGAAGUGUUUUGGAAUUUCACCAAAUGUGUUAUCUCUUUACAAGUCAGGUCUUCGGUUCAUUAAGACAUGGGAAUUAUAGCACUAUUAUCUCACUCUAAUAUUGGUACUUGUUGUGUGGCUGGAAAGAGAACUUACUGCAUGAAUUGGUAUGUUGGUUACCUUCUAAAAACAACAGAUAUGCUUGUCUGUUACUUUCUCUUACGAACUGCAAUAUGCCUCUGAUCAUUUAUUACUGACCUAAUUAUGAAAAAGUCAAAUCAUGACAGCUGUGAUAGCUUCAGGGUUGGCCUUGAGGAAGUGUAAGAGCCCAGAAAGAGAAAAACUAGGAGGUAGUGUUUUCUAUAAUCAUACAUGGGUACAUUUCCCUGGCUGGCUGCAACUGUCUACCUACCCAUUAAAAAUACUGCUCUCCUUUAGUCCCAUCUCAUAUUUACUCAAAUUUAAUUAAAUUCAACUGGGUUUUCUUCUUGGAAACCAACUAUAUCUUAAUUUAUUAUUAGUUGCCUUUGGAUUGGAACCAGACUAAAUUAUACAUACGUACUUCCAUAUCAUCAUCAUCAUCAUCAUGUUUGUUUAUACCCUGCUUUUUCUCUCCACAAGAACUCAAAACAGCUUACAUUUAAAGUAUGCAAUACAAUUUAAAAUCUACAAAUAUACAAACAUUAAAAUAGAAUUAAAAAUCAUUGGUAUUUUAAAAUGCAGUUAAAAUCCCUAUAAAACAUAUUCAAACUAAAAACCACAGCACACUCAAAAACCUUCUUCUUUAAAAGUAUUCCUGAAUUAAAAUGUUUUAGCCCGCAUAGAGUUGGAAGAGAUCACAAGGGCCAUCCAGUCCAUGACCCCUGCUAUGCAGAAAUGCAGUCAGAGCACCCCUGACAGAUGGCCAUCCAGUCUAUGCUUAAAAACCCCCUGGAAAACUAGCAGAAUGUUGGAUAAGCAAAAAUGUUGGAUAAUAAGGAGGGAUUAAGGAAAAGCCUAUUAAACAUCAAAUUACAUUAUGAUUUUAAGCACCAAAGCAACAAAUUAAGCACCCAAACAUGUUUUACAAUAAGUCUGCCACUUGUUUGGGAGUGUGGCUGCACUUGUGUUGUUGUUGGGUGUGUUGGCCCGUUGCGCGUUGCUGCCUAGAGAAACAGCUGUGGAUCCGGGCAGAAGGCAGACUGCAUUGGAUAAUACAGAACAUUAGAUGAGCAAAGGCUGGAUAAGCGAGACUCUGCUGUAAAAUGAAAACAUCACUAUCUAACCUCUGUCUAUCCAGAGAGCUGGUGCAACACUGACUAUGACGUGUUUCUAAAUAGCCCCUUUUAGGAGAAAUCAAGUGCAAGUCACCAAAUAAACAAGUGAUGAAGCUUUCUAAAAUGGAAAA